AUGUCUCCGCGUGUUGGGGGAUUGUACGACGACGUCUGCGAUUUUUGGAACAGCAAAAAGCCGCUGAUCAAGAAAAUCCGGAAGAUGGCCCUGGAAGCCGUCUCGUGCGGCAAGGAGGACCGGCCGGAGCGUGAUAUUCCGUAUCCGACCCUGGGCGCCGGUUUGAGCGGUCCGCAAGUCGAUCAACUGUUCGCCACCGUCGAUGCGACGCAGGAAGCCGGCCGCACGGUUCUGGUUAUGGGCGCGUUGGGAAAACGGGUUGGCAUUGCCUCUGCGAGCGUCCGCGACCGCUGGAACGGACAGUGCGUAUCCCCCGCAAAGGUAAUAUUUAUCGUUUGCGCAUGAAAAUUAAAUUCAACGUACUUCUUGGACCUUAUGUAUGCGCAGCGGUAUUCGUUGUAUAACCCUGGAGCUGCAGCUUCGUUCCAGUUGUGCAGCUGAAGUUCAUACAUGCAGACUUAGACAUCACAUGGAACAGGACAGGGCUGGGACGUGGUGAAAGAAAGGUGAUCUGGUGACAUCAAAUUUGAUGUAUGUAGCUGUUCAAGUGGUGCAAAUGUGACGCGCGAUACCAGAAAAAUAUUAUCCUUUGCACUGGAUAGCGCGGCGACAGCGAUGAUUGCGUUUUGGUGGACCCCACGGUGAAAGGCAUGCUCCCUGGGUUGGUCCAAGUCAUGAUGCGUUCCACGUUUUGCUUGCAGCCGGAGGGAGACACUCCGUCUCGCAAGGGGUUGCUGGACAGCUUGGCGCUGGGAUGCAUUCCGGUACUGUCGUCCGCGAAGCAGCAGGUGCUGUGGCGGUGGCAUCUGGGAGACUGGGAAGAUUUUUCUGUUCUGGCGCCAAAGUCUACCACGGGGAACGCUUCGUCCGCCUCUUGCUGCGGCGGCGGUGAGGGAGGGGAUGAAAACUACAGCGUGGUCGACUUCCUGCGAGGGAUCGACGCGACCACGAUCGCCAACCUGCAGGCCGGCGGCCGGAUCGCGCGGUCGAAAAUCAUCUCGCACUGGACCGACACCGAUUUGAACGACGCAAUUACGGUCACGCUGCAAGCCAUAAAGGAUGGCAAAUGA